CAUUCGGUGUGAUGACCUCUAGGGCCUCUCAACGCGUGUGCUUUCCUGCUCCUCACUCAGGAUGUCCUGUCACAGCCUGCGUGUGUGAGAUCCUCUGCUGGUGUGUAAAUGGCCAGUGGGUGGGAUGAGGCUCCAUCUAAUGCCAAGAUAUUCCUAAACCACACAAGUUGUGCAUUCGUAUUUGGGUUCCUAGCAGACCGCUGUAAACUCUCCAGCAGACUUGAGGCCCACGAGGACCUCCUUCCCCGACCAAGACCAUGAGCGCCGACCACACCAACCACUCGGAGCUGUUCGUCAACGGCACCCCCUGGUUCCUCGUCUGCACCAUCGAAUUAGCCACGGACACGCGGCAAAUCAUCCUCUUCCUCCUCUACCUCCUCAUCUUCAUGGUGGGCCUCCUGGAGAACCUGCUGGUGGUGUGGGUCAACUGGCGGCGGCGGCGCGCGGCCAGCGGCGUGCUCUUCUGCGUCAUCAACGUCAGCCUGUCGGACCUGAGCCUCGUGGCCGUGCUGCCCUUCUACAUGAUGGAGGUCACACUGGACAAGGUGUGGCUGUGGGGCCGCUUCCUCUGCAAGGUCACUAACCUCGUCUAUGUGAUUAACUUCUACGGCAGCUCCUUCUUCCUGGCCUUCAUGACCCUGGAGCGCUACCGGUCCCUGGUGCGGCCCUCGGCCCCGGCCCUCUUCCCCGCGCUGGGCCGUCGCCGCUGGCUCCUUUGCUGCGGGACCUGGCUGCUCUGCCUGUUCCUGGCCCUGCUGGAGAACGUGCACAUGGACCUGCUGGAGUGGGACGAGCCGGGCUGCUUCAUGAUGCCUCAGUUCAGCUACGUGGAGUGGUUUGUCUCGGUGGCUUUUCUGGGCCUGGUCUUCCAGUUCGCCCUGCCCGCCACCAUCAUCGUCGGCUGCAACGUGCUGAUCGCCCGGGCGGUGCGCAGCGCGCCCGACGUGCAGGGGAGACGGGACGCGUGGCUGGUCCACGUGUACUCGCUCGUCUUCAUCGUCUGCUGGCUGCCCUACCACCUGGUGAUGGUGCUGAUCAUCAUAGACGAUUUAAACCCUGGGCUCUUUGAGUGCAACACGGUGGAUUUACUGUACUUCUGCUACAGCGUGGUGCAGUGCCUGUCUCUGUUCCACUGCGUGGCCAACCCCAUCCUAUACAACUUCCUCAGCAAGAGCUUCCGCAACAACCUCGUCAACGCGGUGGUGAGCUACAUACCGAGAGAAGGGCUUACAGAGCUGGGGGAACAAGCAGACUCUGGGGGCAAGGGCGGGGGAAGGGGUCAGAGCAAACCGCGUCGGAUCAGCAACAGCAGCACCAGCCACUCUGAAGUCGGAUCGUAAGGAGUGAUCUCAAGAGGCGAGCCUCCAGCUCCAUCCUAGUGUCAGCAGAGUUCAUGUGAGACCCAAGGCCUCUUGACGCUUUACAAAACUUCAAUGGAAGAACUUAAUGAUAUAAUCUUUGAAAAAUAGGCUCACCUAAACUAAAUAUAUAACCCGCUUGACUUUAAAUAACAUGCUCGCAAAUAAAGAAAUGUAAGGACAUUUUUAAUUCCUUCAUGCUUUUGAGUCCCACAAAAACUCUUUAGUAAAUGGACAAUACCAAGACAAAGGCAGCCCCCCGGACGAGCAGGACGGACUCUUUGGAAAUGCAAUACCAGUUCAUGUCGUACAGGCAGUAAAUAUGAAGAAUAACUGAAUCAAUGAGGAGCAGCUGGGUGGCAGGUUUAGGUAGACCCUCAUUAAGGUGUGGUCGUUGGAAGCUUUACGUCCUGAUUCCAGACUUGUUAUGCAUUUAUGGUCACUCAUCUGUUUCUGAAUAAUGCUCUAACAUGGUUGUUUAUUCUCACAAUUUCUUACUAAUAAAAAACAUUUUAUUUACUCGACCCAAAGUAUUGAGGAAAAAAUAUCAUUUUAUCACGAAAUCCCAGAAUUAUUUUUUGCGGCGGGGGAUGCAUAAAGGAGGAUGUUCCAGCUCCUCUGUCUGAACCCUGGUGCUGUCGGAGCAAUCAGAGGAAGGAGGCCGCUAGCGCGCCGACGACAGCACAAUAGCAGGAAGGGCCCUGGGCCAAGGUCACACCCGCGCUGAUAAAACCCAGAAUGUGCCCAUUCAUCACUGGAAGUGUGAUGAUGAGGCAGAACAACACCAAAUACACAUCAAAAUGGAAAAAAACAGGAACAAUGAUUUUAUUUACUAAUAAAACAAACAAAGACGGCUCAAAGUUGUUACUUUAUAAAAUGAUUAAAAAAAACAUAAAUAGAAUAAAUAGUUAGGAUCUCAUACAGAUAUACAUGGUAACAGACAUUAACUAUACACAUGGAACCUCGUAGAAAGUUUGUACAAUUCAACCUUUUCACAGCCAGUACCGAUUCCGUUUAAUAAACCUUAAGGUAUCAAAUGUCACAAAAUCACUUUCUAUGUCCGGCAUGAUAAGAUGCCAGUGAGCAUCAUGGUUUCUACAGCACCAAUGUACCAAGAUAGC